CGAUGACAACGCCUCUCACUGCACCCACGGCCUACACACCUGUGAUGGGACAAGAAUGCAGAUAGUUCUUAUUAACUACAGCACUUCUUCACUACACUCACAGAAGCUGCAGACUGCUCCUCAGCUCAUUGUUAUUCGCCAGGGCUGUGAUUUUCAAGUCCAACUGGUUUAACUGACGUGUGAACGGGCACCUCCCUGUUUUCUUCAGUUUAAUUUAGUACGAAGGAGUCACCUGCCACAGGGACCAACACCAUCAGCAGGAAAUGUUCAGCAACAGCGCAGACAAGCCGGCCCACGGCUACGACCUGGGCCCCCCGCCAGAUGCUAGCCCUGAAAGAGAUGGUCGCCAUGGAGAUGAUGGGCGUCGAGAUGAGCGCGAGGAGCGCAACAGGAGACGCAGCCCUGACCCUGAUCAGGGUAGUCGCAGGGACAGACGCAGCCCUGACCCUGAUCAGAGUAGUCGCAGGGACAGACGCAGCCCUGAUCCUGAUCAGGAUAGUCGCAGCGACAGACGCAGCCCUGAUGACCGCGACCGGCAUCGUUACAGGGACAGACGCAGCCCUGACCCUGAUCAGGGUAGUCGCAGGGACAGACGCAGCCCUGAUGACCGCGACCGGCAUCGUUACAGGGACAGACGCAGCCCUGAUCGCCAAGAAGACCAUAGCCAGGAACGUGACCACAGCCCUCAUCGACGCGGUAGCAGUGGUGGAAGCAGCGAUCACAGCGGCUCCAGCGAUGGAGAUGACGGGAACGGCAAAAAGCACGGGCGAAAGCACAAGCAUGGACGUGGACGUGGCCGUGGACACGGACGAGGACACUGGUAGAAAGGUAAAUACAGGCAGACAGUCUGACCAUCACACCUCCUGUGAAACGCUUCCUGCCACAAUACUCCGAAAAACAACAAGUUUUGCUAUAUGCUAUACUGGACCCAUUCUUACUAUGCUAUCUGCAUCUUGUUUUCCCUUUGGAGCCACUUUGGUUGUUUUUUUGGCUAUUUUUCUUUUCUGCAUUUGUAUGAAAUAAAAUAUUCUAAAGAUAUAAAUUGAA